AUGAAGACGUUUGGAAUGUUAUUUUGUGUGUCUUUGAUAUGCUUAUCAUUAUUAACUUCAACUCAUGCAGCGUCACCGCCGGCAGGAUAUACAAGAACUAAUCUGAUUUGUAUGGGCAAGGCAGUGUUUUGCAAUCCAAAGGCUAAUAGUGCUUUGACAUGUAUUACUGAAGAUCGUACAGGACAUAUUGGUGGAGUUUGGAAAGGAGGUUCAAAAAAAUGGGCAGAAAGUGGUUGUCCGGCUAAUACUCGUUCGGGCACUUACAAUGCAGCUCUUCAACGAGUUGGAAAAUAA